AUUGGCGACAAGUAGAGCCGAAAGUCAGUUCUCAAGUCAAAAACAGCUGCCAAAGCACCAUCAAUUGUCACACUCAAACCGACAUUCACUUCACUGAACUCAAGAUGCUGAGCCACUCCAAGACCUUCAUCGCCAUACUGGCAGCAGCAGCAUAUCUUCCUUCCACUCUGGGCUGCAUCUGGUUCAAUGCCACACUCCACGAAGGCGCCAACAAAGCCAGUUCCGCCGAAGAAGCCAUCGACCUCCAAAAACAAAAGACAAGUGGCGGACAAGUCGGCGAUGUUCGCCUAGACGUCUACUUCUGGGAUGACAAAGACAACGACGAUAUCGUGGAGCCAUUGAAAGACGCUUUCUGUACCGGAGUGGACCUCAAGCCAUAUGCAGACAAUACUUGGGUUGUGCCAUGUACACCAGAAGAGAAGCAAGUCGAACUCGACAUUGUUUACAACCCGGAUAUCACAGAAGGUGGAGUGCUUGUCAGUGUCUUCAAGUAUAAAUAUCCGAGAGAGCAAGCGGAGGCCUCGAACAAUCCAGACAAAGAUCUCAUUUACACUUUCAAUACUGAGAGCAAUGACGCGAAAGGGGAGUUCUUUGAGGAUAAAAUCUUCUGCAGAGACUGUACGAGUUCUGCGGGUCAGCCUCUGAAGUGUUGAUGUGAUGAUUAGAGACUAGCUGGAAAUAUUUGUGGUUCACGUCUCACUCAAGACGUAGGAUAGCUCUAGAGAAAAGGUACGAUUCAAUGUGCAAUUGAGCGUUCGGGAGGAUUUCACUACCUACAUCUCAUAAACGUUCUUGAUAUCUCAAGCAGCUCAGCGG